AUGGCGACGAGGCGAUCACUGCGAGCUGACCUCUGUACGACUAAGCUGCUAGCAUCGCUCGGCAUUCCGCUGCUGCUUCAGCUGUCCGCGUGCGUGUUCGCCAACGACACGGUCACCUUGGCCGUCCUUUUGCCCGUCUCCGGAGCGCGACCGAUCGGCAGGACGGUCGGCAGCGCCGUGGCGAUCGCCGUCGACGACAUCAACGCCGACGCGUCGCUGCUGCCGCGCACGCGACUCCGCUUCGUCUGGAGCGACACCAAGUGCGACGAGACGCAGGGCCUCGCUCGCGUCGUCGAGUUUCUAACGGGCGACGUACGCGUCGACGCCUUCAUCGGUCCCGGCUGCGACGACGUCUGUCAGUCGGCGGGCCUGCUGGCCGCACACUGGAACGUGCCGAUGGUGUCGUGGGGCUGCACGUCCAGCGCGCUGACGGCCGGAGACCGAUACCCGACGUUCGCACGGACGGUGGGGACGUUGACGCUAGCCGCGCCGAUGGUCACCGCGAUACUGAAGCACUGGCGCUGGCGCAACGCCUGCAUACUGACGUCGACGAACGUCAAUUGGGAACGCGCGGCGAAGGCGAUCAAAUUCAACCUCGAGGAGAAUCGCAUCCACGUGAGAUUUUACGAGAGUUUUGAGCCAGGCGCUUCGGAGCGAGAGCGACACGCGAGAAUGGUGGAAACGACAAAAUCUCAGUGUAGAAUAACUAUCAUCUGCGCCGACGCGGGCGACGUGCGGAGCAUCCUCAUGAACGCUCUCAAACUCGACAUGCUCUCCAGCUCCGAUUAUGUCUUCAUAACAUUCGAGCUUUCUGCCGAAGCACACGUUGCCGCAAACUCGUGGAUGGGUAAAUUCGACCCUCCGGAAACGGAUCCGGACGCGUUUUUCGCCUUUAAGGGAUUGCUCAACAUCAACAUCGGAAGCCUUCAAACGGAGGAGUACAAGGCAUUCAAGGAGAAGGUGCGGCAAAGAAUGGCAGAUCCACCUUUCGAGAUGAGAAUACCCAAGAAGAAUCAGGUUGGGACGCAGGACGCUCUGCUAUACGACGCCGUAAAGUUGUACGCCUUGGCUCUGCACGACCACCUUCAGUUCGGCGGCACUCCGCUAGAUGGCAUGUCGGGACCGAUCUUCAUCGACGCGCAGGGAAACCGAGCUCCCGACUACGUUUUGCAAAACUUCAAGGACGACUUCUACGCGUUUGCCUUCUAUCGACAUUCCGAUGGAACGCUGAUGGUGAACAAAAGCUACGUGGUGAUCUUCCCCGGGGGAGGAACCAUAGUUCCAGAAGACCAUCCUCCGUGCGGAUGGAACAACGAAUUCUGCGUCGAACUAAUGGGUAACCUAGACAUUUAA